GCCAACGUUUCUCUUUCGGUCGGUGACGUCACUGUCAGCGCGCCGCCCCCCAAUCAGGUGUAAUCGGAAACCACCACAUGCUUUCUUUUCUCCCCCUGCUAUUUUUUUCACUGUGGUGAUUGAUUACUUUAUAGUAUUUUCUGUUCUUUUGAACACGUUUUCAAACUUGUGGUUUUCAAUUCUCCUCAUCAACCUAAAAAUUCCAAACCUUUAUCAAAUUUUUUUUUCUGUGUGUUGUCGUUUUAGCAGAAACAAACAGUGUAUUGUAUUUACUCUGUUAUAAUCCGUAGGGCUUUUCUUCUGGUCAAAGAAGAAUCUUCAAUAAAAGAGGAUUCUCAGUCGCCAAUUUCAAUCUUCUCAUCUCUACAUUAAAACCCCAGCAAAUCCACUAAUUCUCCGCGCCCUCCACUGUUGAAUUUCUGUAAAAAAAACUCAAAUUUUCCAGAAAUGGGUUCUGAAUUUAGGUAUCACAGAUAUUUAUUCCUUUGGUGUUUUUUGAUUGCCGGCAAUUACUUUUCAGUCUUCAUUUCGGCUGCCGAUAGAAUUCAAGUUGGUGACUCGAUCAAAGAUGGGGAAACUAUCAUCUCCGCCGGGGAUAAAUUCGCGUUGGGCUUCUUCAGCCCUAGAGAUUCGGAUUUCCGGUACGUCGGAAUUUGGUACUACAGAGUUCCCGAUCAAUUAGUCGUGUGGGUGGCGAAUAGAGAAACCCCAAUCUCAGAUAACGGCGGGGUUCUAACGAUUGGUAACGACGGUAAUUUAAUAGUUACAAACGGCGACGGCCGAAUAAUCUGGUCCAGCAACGUCACAGUUCCGUCAGGUAAUAAUAAUUCCACCGCUAUUCUCACGGAGACAGGCAAUCUCGUUCUGCGUGGUGGGAGUGACAAUUUGAAUUCGAAUUCGAAUUUGAAUUCAAAUUCGAACAGGCUUCUAUGGCAGAGCUUCGAUCAUCCAACGGACACGUUUCUCCCAAACAUGGAAGUUCACAUGAACAUCGAACAAGGAGAGAAACGUGUUUUCACUUCCUGGAAAACUGCUACCGACCCUUCACCGGGAAAUUAUACGAUGGGCGUCGAUCCACGUGGAUCGCCUCAGAUAGUGAUAUGGGAAGGGCGGAAUCGAAGGUGGAGAACUGGGCAUUGGAAUGGAUUCGUAUUCAUAGGUGUUCAAGGAAUGAGAGCUGUUUAUCUACAAGGUUUUAAGCUAUUAAACGAGGGCGACGGUGGCUUGUAUUUUAUAUAUACGCUUUUGAAUAGCUCCGAUUUGGUUAAGUUCCAGAUAAACUGGGACGGAGUUGAGAAGCAGGAAAGGUGGAUCGAUAGUCGUCGAGAGUGGAGUGUUCUACAAUCGCAUCCUGUUGAGGAAUGCGAUAGUUAUAACCACUGUGGGGCUUUUGGUAGAUGCAACGAGAUAGAUGUGCCGAAAUGCAGUUGCGUGAAAGGGUUCGUGCCGAAGGAUAACGAUGCGUGGAGUAGAGGGAAUUGGUCGGGUGGUUGUGUUCGGAAAACGGAAUUACAGUGUCGGGAGAAAAAUAAUAGUGUGGAGGCAAAUGAUGGUUUUGUGAAGGUUGAUAAUGUAAAAUUGCCAGAUUUUGUUGAUUAUGUGGGGAAUAUAGACGCUGAAGAUUGUCGAGAGAUGUGCUUGAAGAAUUGUUCGUGCACUGCGUAUGCUUUUGUUAGUGGAAUAAACUGUAUGAUAUGGAACCGGGAAUUGGUUGAUGUUCAACAAUUUGGGCAAGAUGGGCGCACUUUGUUCAUUCGCCUUGCUCGUUCCGAAUUCGGUAACUGUGCUCGUGUAAUCAAAGUUAUAGUCAUAACAGCUGUUGUCGCUGGAAUAUUCCUUGUCUGUGUCUCGGUUUGGUUUCUGUUCAAGCGCAAGUCGAAAUGCAAAGAUAUUUUAAAGAGAAACGAAAUUCCGAAAGUGGAUCCAAGUGGAGAAUGUUCGACAGAUAUUUCUGGACCAUGUGACUUUGGUGUGGAAAGCGAGCAGCCAAAUGGAACUGAACUACCGAUUUACACCUUCAACUCUGUGGUUGCAGCUACAAAUAACUUCUCCGACGAGAAUAAACUUGGACAGGGUGGAUUUGGCCCUGUUUACAAGGGCACACUGCCAUGUGGCCAAGAAAUAGCUAUAAAGAGGCUGUCAAGAAAAUCUGGUCAGGGUGUCGAAGAGUUCAAGAAUGAAAUUAUGCUAAUUGCUAAACUACAACACAGGAAUCUUGUUCGACUGUUGGGCUGCUGCAUUCAGGGAGAAGAAAAAAUGCUUAUUUACGAAUAUAUGCCCAAUAAAAGCCUCGAUUCGUAUCUUUUUGAUCCUGAUAAAAAAGCCCAACUAGACUGGAGUAAGCGGUUCAACAUAAUCGAAGGAAUUGCAAGAGGGCUUCUGUAUCUGCAUCGAGACUCAAGGCUAAGAAUAAUCCACAGGGAUCUAAAAGCUAGCAACAUUCUAUUGGAUGAAGAAAUGAACCCUAAGAUUUCAGAUUUUGGCAUGGCUAGAAUAUUCGGAGGGAACCAAAACGAAGCAAACACAAACAGGGUCGUAGGCACGUACGGUUAUAUGGCGCCCGAGUAUGCUAUGGAAGGACUGUUUUCCCUAAAGUCAGAUGUGUACAGCUUUGGUGUACUGCUCCUGGAGAUUAUAACGGGCCGAAGAAACACUAGCUUUCGCUCGACAGAUUACUCAAACAUCAUUGGAUAUGCGUGGAAUCUUUGGGAUAGUGGCAGAGCAAUCGAGUUGGUCGAUCCAUUAAUCUCGAAUUCUUAUUCACGGGAACAAGUACUGAGAUGCAUACACGUAGGCAUGCUGUGUGUGCAAGACGUGGCAGGUCACCGGCCGAACAUGCCAGCUGUCAUACUGAUGCUGGAGAGCGAGAACUCGGGCUUGCCGAUGCCUAGACAGCCGACUUUUACAUCAAUGAGACAUAAUUUAGAUGGGGAUAUGUGGAAUGAGAAUAAUCAAGAUGUUGUUUCCUCAAACAAUGUCACAAUCAGUGUAAUUCUUGGUAGAUGAUUCUUUUUAUUUCUUCUUUUAUGACAUAGUCAUGAUUCUUUGUAUUUAAAUCUUGAAAAAUAUAAACGAGUGAGGAAUAUUACAGCUCUGUCUGGGUAAA